AUGGAUGACUUUACUAAAUAUAUGUUUCCUUUACAGCAUGAUGAAAUUUUGUCAUUUGCUCCAAUCCCAAUCAUUCAUCCCUAUUUAGACCCCACAAUCCAUCAUCAAGAUCUGGAAAAUCAGGGUGCAUCUUCACUUGCUUCACAUCAACAGAAUACUGAGGAGAUCGUCAUUAAUAACCACGUCAACAAGGCCUGGAAAAGUCAGCGAAAGCCAGCAUCAGCUAUUCGAGAUGAUCAGAAUGUUAAGGGGAGGAACCCUGAGCAGAAAAGAGCCUUUCAUAGGGAUAUUGAGCGUCAAAGGAGGCUAGAAAUGGCUAACCUUCACGCUUCUCUCAGAAAUCUACUUCCUUCUGAAUAUAUAAAGGGAAAACGUUCGAUGUCAGAUCAUGUUCUUGAAGCAAUAAACUAUAUAAAGCACAUGGAGAAGAAUAUUGGAGAAUUGGAAGUAAAGAGGGAUAAACUGAGAAACUUAACGGGUGAAUCGAGCAAUCUAGACAGCAAAAGAGUUAAUGAAACGAACUCCUUGUCUAUUACGUUCACAGUGGAGCCAUGCUCGGGUGGUGGAUUUGAGAUUCUGAUGAAGAAUUACUUGACAGAUAAUAAUUGGUUACCUCUUUCAAGGAUACUGGAUGUGCUGCUUGAUGAAGGUAUAACUGUUGUUAACUGUGUCUGCACCAAAGUCAAUGAAGAAUGUCUUUACACAAUCCAAACUGAGGCUACUCAUAUGUCAGAUGUUGAUCUAAUUUCUCUGCAGGUUCUCAUCUAG